AUGGCCGAGAGAUCGGGGAGGUGUUUGGUGGGCACGGGGGAGAUGGGCAGCGGAGCCAACCAGCUAGCCAAUCCAAAAGGCCCCUGGCGGGUCGCCACCGAGGGGGGCGUAUCGGGUGCAGGAGCCCCAUGGCGAUCCGUCGUGGGAGAGCAUGAAGGGCGCUUGGCUUGGCCAGCCAGUGGGCUGGGUGGCUGUGGUGCAGCGAAAGGCGAGGAAAGAGAGGGAUUCAGAUGGGAUUGUAGGGCCAAGACCCGUUGGCAUCGGUGGGUAGAGAUCCACGCUUCCGCGACCGCCAAGAGCAACGCGCCCCUGCUCAGACGGCGGGAGAACGGGCAAGACGCGACAGACGAGAAUCUUGGCGCUGCAGCCAGAAACAUCGGACAAUGCCACCGAAGCCUUCCCGGCGCUUUUUUCCGUGUUCUCCCUCGCAGCCAGGGGGAGCUUAGUGGCAGCAAGCUAUUGGCUGGGUGGAGAAACUGA